AUGCAACUUUGCGAAAUCAACCAAGUCGAGAACAUCAGUGGCCUCUAUGUGGUGAAAAUGAUCCUGAUCCGCGCCUGCAAGGAGCCCCCUGAGGCGUUUCGCGUUUAUCUUUGCAUCUCGAGUCUCAGUUUCCCGGAUCCCAUCCCCUUCCUCCAUGUCAGCAGCUCCUACUACUUCACAAGCACGCUGCUCUACAUGGACGGCUAUCAACGAGUUCCGAUCAUGGUCUUUUUUGGGUAUUCUCGAGGCCGAUUUAUUCGAAACGAAGUCCAUGAAUUGGGCUAG